UCGAAUUCAGUUGCUCGCGAAAGGGCCAUUCAGACGGUUGGAUAAAUGGAUGGGCUCCAAUAAGAAGUGAAAAGUGAAAAAAGUGAAAAGUGAAAAAUAGGUAAAAAAUGUGUGGAAAGUGAAACUUUUCUGUGCUCAAAAAAGGAAAUCAAAUUAAGUAGUGCAUGAAUAAGAGGAUUUCCGCUUAAUAAAAAAAAAAAAAAAAAAAAAAAAACGAAUCGAAAAAUUGUGUGUAUGCGUGCGGUGGCGUACUCGCCUUCACGAAAGGAUUAAUUGAGCAAAAAUAAAAAAAAAAAAAUUACAUACGAAUAUUCCUAUAUACAUAUUGAACUACAAUAUGGCACAGCCACAAUGGUGGCGUAGCGGCGGCAGCGUGGGUGUGGCACUUUCCUGUGCUCUAAUACUUUUCGCUUGCUGCGGCAGUCUCGUUUUGGCUGAACUCACACCACCGUACUUCAAUUUGGCUACAGGACGUAAAGUUUAUGCAUCGGCCACAUGUGGUGUGGGCACUGAUGGACCGGAAUUGUAUUGUAAAUUAGUGGGCGCUAAUACGGAGAAUGAUCACAUCUAUUAUUCGGUCAUUCAAGGACAGGUUUGCGACUAUUGUGAUCCAAGUGUACCCGAAAAGAAUCACGCUGCCGAAUAUGCCAUUGAUGGUACGGAGGCUUGGUGGCAGAGUCCGCCACUUUCACGUGGCAUGAAAUACAAUGAAGUCAAUCUGACCAUCGAUUUCGGACAGGAAUUCCAUGUCGCUUAUCUCUUCAUACGUAUGGGCAAUUCACCACGUCCCGGUUUAUGGACGUUGGAGAAAUCUACCGAUUAUGGCAAAAGUUGGACACCAUGGAUGCAUUUCUCCGAUUCCGUACACGAUUGUAUCACUUACUUCGGCAAGGAUUCCUACAAGCCAAUUACACGCGAUGAUGACGUCAUCUGUUCGACAGAAUUCUCACGUAUUGUGCCAUUGGAGAAUGGUGAAAUUCCCGUGAUGUUGCUAAACGAUCGUCCCUCCGCCUCGAACUAUUUCAACUCCACGAUAUUGCAAGAAUGGACACGUGCCACAAAUGUGCGCAUACGUUUAUUGCGUACGAAGAAUUUACUUGGCCAUUUGAUGUCGGUGGCAAGACAAGAUCCCACCGUGACACGUCGAUACUUCUACUCCAUUAAGGAUAUCUCGAUUGGUGGUCGUUGCAUGUGUAACGGACAUGCCGACACCUGUGAUGUGAAGGAUCCGAAGAGUCCGGUGCGUAUUUUAGCUUGUCGCUGUCAGCAUCACACUUGCGGUAUACAAUGUAAUGAAUGCUGUCCUGGCUUCGAGCAGAAGAAAUGGCGACAGAAUACCAACGCAAGGCCAUUCGAGUGUGAACCUUGCAACUGUCACGGGCACACCAAUGAGUGCGACUACGAUGAGGAGAUUGAUCGUAAGGGUUUGUCUUUGGACAUACACGGCUACUAUGAUGGCGGUGGUGUAUGCAAGAACUGUCAACACAAUACUGAGGGCAUUAACUGCAACAAAUGUAAGGGCAAAUUCUAUCGUCCGUUCGGCAAAUUCUGGAAUGAGACCGAUGUGUGUCAACCUUGCAACUGCGACUACUUCUACUCCACGGGUCAUUGUGAGGAGGAGACCGGACGUUGCGAAUGUCGCAAAGCUUUCCAACCGCCAGAUUGCACGUCCUGCGCCUACGGUUACUACGGUUACCCGAAUUGUCGUGAGUGCGAGUGCAAUUUGAAUGGCACCGAUGGUUAUCACUGUGAGGCGGUGAAUGGCGAAUGUCCGUGCAAGAUCAACUUUGCAGGUCACUAUUGUAAACAGUGCGCUGAAGGUUUCUACGCAUUCCCGGAGUGCAAAGCCUGCCAGUGUAAUAAGAUCGGUUCUAUAAGUAACGAUUGCGAUGUCGAGACGGGUCAAUGCAAAUGUCUGAGCAGCUUCGGUGGUGUACGUUGUGAGCAUUGCAAGGAUGGCUACUACAACUAUCCCAAGUGUCAAUAUUGCGAUUGCGAUAUACAAGGUACCGAGUCAGAGAUCUGUAACAAAGAGUCGGGUCAAUGUAUUUGCCGUGAAGGCUUCGGUGGACCACGUUGUGACAUGUGCCUGCCAGGCUACUAUGACUAUCCAGCAUGUAAACCCUGCAACUGCUCCACACAAGGAAGUACGGCUAUCACCUGCGACAACACGGGCAAAUGUAACUGUUUACCGAAUUUCGCGGGAAAACAGUGUACGCUCUGUAGUGCCGGUUACUACAGCUAUCCGGAGUGCUUGCCUUGCAAUUGUGAUGUGCACGGCUCGGAGGGUGUCACCUGUAAUGCUGACGGACAGUGUUCUUGCUAUACCAACUUCGGUGGAAAACUUUGUGAUUCUUGCAAGGAGGGUUUUUACAACUUCCCCAGUUGCGAGGAUUGCAACUGUGACCCGGCUGGUGUUAUUGACAAAUUCGCCGGCUGUGGCUCAGUACCCGUUGGUGAGUUGUGCCAGUGUAAGGAACGUGUGACCGGUCGCAUUUGUAAUGAAUGCAAGCCGCUCUACUGGAAUUUGAAUAUCAGCAAUCCGGAUGGUUGCGAGGUAUGCGAUUGUUGGACGGAUGGUACUAUAGCUGCCUUGGAUACGUGCAUUUCGAAGACCGGCCAGUGUACUUGUAAGCCACAUACGCAGGGACGUACAUGUAAGGAGUGUAAGGAUGGUACAUAUGAUUUGGAUGGUUCUUCUUUGUUCGGUUGUAAAGACUGUAGUUGUGAUGUGGGCGGUUCGGAGCAUAGUGAGUGCGAUAAGUCUACGGGUCAAUGUAAAUGUCAUCCACGUGUAACGGGUCGCGGUUGUACGCAACCGUUGACAACACACUACUUCCCUACGUUGCAUCAAUUCCAGUAUGAGUAUGAGAAUGGCGCACAACCAUCAGGUGCCCAAGUGCGCUACCAGUACGACGAGAAUGUAUUCCCCGGCUUCAGCAACAAAGGUUAUGCGGUCUUCAACGACAUACAAAAUGAAGUGCGUAACGAGUUUAUGGUGAAGAAGUCCUCGGUGUAUCGUAUUGUUAUACGCUAUGUGAACCAAAAUCCAUUCAACGUGACGGCGAGUAUACUUAUACAAUCGGAGAAUCCACUGGAGGUGGACCAAAACGUGAAAGUAUUGCUACGUCCAACGACCUCGCCACAAUUUGUUACCGUAUCCGGCGUUAAAGGCAAUAAGCCCUCACCGAUUGUCUUGGAUCCGGGUUCCCGUUACACAUUCACAACAAAAGCGAAUAAGAAUGUGAUGCUCGACUACUUUGUGCUACUGCCAGCGGCGUACUACGAAGCUUCGGUGUUGACGCGAAAAAUUACAAACCCCUGCGAAUUGGGCAAUAUGGAGCUUUGUCGUCAUUACAAAUAUGCCUCGGUGGAUGACUUCCAACCAUCCACAACGCCGUUCAUUAUCGGCGCCAAUGGUAAGCCCACGAAUCCGACCGAAGUUUACGACAAUCCCGAUCAUUUGGCUAUAAUCGGUCAUGUUGGCGACAUACCUGUGAUUGGCGAUAGUCAACGUCAACUCAAUUACAUUGUCGAUGUGCCGCAGAGUGGUCGCUAUAUCUUUGUUAUCGACUACGUGAGCACACCCGAAUACCCGGAACCUUUCUUUGUCAAAUUAAGUUUGGGUGAUAACGAAGAUAACUGGGGUACUACCACACUGUAUCCGUGUCUUUACUCGAUGGCCUGUCGCACGCCGAUUAUCGAUGAAUAUAGUCGUGAGAAGGCAUUCUACAUUAACAAGGACGACUUGAAACCGGUUAUCGUUACGACCGAUUCUGAUGAUUACGGUAAUGUUGCUAUUAUCUCGGUUACUGCUAUACCGGUAGACAAAUGGUCAAUCGACUACAUUGAACCCAGUCCGGUUUGUGUUACACACAACAAUCAAUGUGCCGCACCGAAAUUCCGUUCAGUGCCCGAUUCAAAGAAGAUCGAAUUCGAAACAGAUCAUGAAGAUCGUAUUGCUGAGAACAAGCCACCGUAUGCCGCGUUAGAUGAACGCGUUAAGUUGGUGUUUUUGGAUAAUAAGGAGAACACGAGUACCAUUGUUGUUGAAUCGAAAGUUGGCGAGCCAGAACGUUAUGUCAUUUUGGUCAAAUACUACCAGCCACAUCAUCCCAAAUACAACGUACAGUAUACAUUGACUACCAGCAAGAAUCAAUACAGCGGUAAAUUCGAUAUUAGUCACUGUCCAUCGAGCUCGGGUUGUCGUGGCGUUAUACAUCCCACCGGCGAGGAUUGGUGGUUCGAUAUAGAAGAUGAUUUCAAAUUCACCUUAACGAACACGCGUCCACAAGGAGUAUGGCUUGACUAUCUCGUAAUCGUGCCCAUAAAUCAAUAUAACGAAGAUCUACUCGUAGAAGAGUUAUUCGAUCAGACGAAGGAAUUCAUUAAGGAGUGCGGUCAAGAUCACUUCCAUAUUACACACAAUGCCUCCGAGUUCUGUAAGAAGGCUGUCUUCUCGUUAACAUCCGAGCACAAUAUUGGUGCAUUGCCUUGCAACUGUGACUAUGAGGGUUCCAUUAGUUUUGAGUGUCAUCCAUUUGGCGGUCAGUGUCAGUGCAAACCGAAUGUUAUUGGACGCCAGUGCAAUGCCUGUCGUACCGGCUUCUAUGGCUUCCCUGAAUGUAAGCCAUGUGAUUGUCCUAGCACGGCGAUGUGCGAGCCGAAUACCGGAGAAUGCGUUUGCCCGCCGAAUGUGAUGGGCGACAUGUGUGAGAAGUGCAUGCCGAAUACGUAUGGAUUCCAUCAGAUAAUCGGUUGUGAGGAAUGCAAUUGCAAUUACUUGGGCAUUGCUAACGGUAAUCAACAGUGCGAUAUGUUCAACGGCUCAUGCGAGUGUCGUCAGCAUAUUGAGGGCCGCGCUUGUGACACCUGCUCGAAUGGUUACUUCGAUUUUCCACGUUGCGACCAGUGCAGUUGUAAUGUGGCUGGCACACAAGCGGAGAUUUGCGACAAGGUCGACGGUAGCUGUUUUUGUAAAAGUAAUGUGGUGGGUAGAGAUUGCGAUCAGUGCCAGGAGGGUACAUACAAUCUGCAGGAGAGCAAUCCAGAUGGUUGUACGUCUUGCUUCUGUUUCGGACGCACGUCGCGUUGUGAAAGUGCUUAUCUGCGUAUCUUCAAUGUCAGCCUUUUGAAGAAUAUCACAUUGAAUUCGGCACAUUUCGGCGAUAAAUCAAUUGAAUUCCAAAUCUGGGAUAUACCACAAGACGAGAUUAUGGUGAAUGAGACUGCGUUGAAGGCAGAUUUCUCAUUCCACGAAGUCAACGACGUGGAGGCGGAGGAGGUUGUCUACUUCGGUGUGCUCGACUACCUGAGCAGUCAGAAUAGUCACCUAUCGGCAUACGGUGGCGAGCUCGCCUACUCAUUGUACUACACUACCGGUCUUUCGGGCAAACCAUUGCUCGCACCUGACGUAGUUUUGCUCAGCAAAGAUCAUUUGCUGGUGCAUCAAAGUUAUGAGCAGCCCUCCAGCAAUCAAGCGUUCAGAAAUCGCGUACAAAUGGUUGAAUCCAAUUUCCAAACUCAAGAUGGUAAGCCGGUUACACGCGCUGACUUCAUGAUGGCUCUACGUGAUCUCAAAAUGAUCUUCAUACGCGCCAACUACUGGGAGCAAACAUUUAUUUCUUACCUAUCUGAGCCAUAUUUGACAUUGGCUGAUGAGGAUGAAGAUAACUUUGCCGAGUAUCAAUAUUUGCCUGUGGAACGUUGUAACUGUCCUCCCGGUUAUACUGGUUUGUCUUGCGAGGAUUGUGCACCGGGUUAUUAUCGCGACUCUAAUGGCCCAUACGGUGGCUACUGCAUACCAUGCGAAUGCAAUGGUCACGCACAAACUUGUGAUUGCGCUACGGGCAUUUGCAACGAUUGUCAACAUUCGACGACCGGUGAACACUGUGAGCUCUGUCAGGAGGGUUACUAUGGCAAUGCGACAUAUGGCUCACCACAUGAUUGUAUGAUUUGUGCCUGCCCACUCCCAUAUGAGACGAAUAACUUUGCGACCAGCUGUGAGAUUUCCGAAUCAGGAGAUGAAAUACAUUGUGAGUGUAAGCCCGGCUACACGGGUCCACGUUGUGAGGCGUGCGCAAACGGUUACUAUGGUCAGCCAGAGAAGGCGGGCGAUUAUUGUAAGCCCUGUGAGUGUUCGGGUAAUAUUAAUCCAGUUGAACCGGGCUCUUGUGAUACCAUCACAGGCGAAUGCUUGCUUUGCUUGAACAACACCUUCGGUGUGGCAUGUAAUUUGUGCAAACCUGGUUUCUAUGGUGAUGCCGUGAACUUGAAGAAUUGCCAGAGUUGUGACUGCGAAGAGUUGGGCACUCUCGAGUGCGAUCCAUAUGAGGGCAAAUGCCACUGCCACGAAAAUGUCAUUGGUGAUCGCUGCGACCAAUGCAAGCCCGACCAUUAUGGCUACGACUCUGGUUUGGGUUGCCGUGCGUGUGAUUGCGGCGUUGCUUCGAAUACCACGCAAUGUGAUGCACAUACCGGCAAGUGUGCUUGCAAGCCGGGUGUGACGGGACGUCAAUGUGAUCACUGCGCUGUGGAUCACUGGAAUUACAUGAGCGAAGGUUGUCAGCCAUGUCGCUGUAAUCAGGGCUACUCACGUGGUUUUGGCUGUAACCCGUUCACCGGACAAUGCGAGUGCUUACCGGGUGUGAUCGGUGAUCGUUGUGACGCCUGUCCACACCGAUGGGUGUUGGUUAAGGAUCAAGGCUGCUUCCAAUGCGACUCCUGUCAUGAUGCACUACUUGAUGUGACAGACCGGCUGCGCUACCAAAUCGAUCCUGUGGUGGAGGAGUUCCAAUCAGUUGCUCUAGCGUUCUUCACCAGCCAGAAGUUGAAUUACUACGACGAAUUGACUGACAAAAUUGCGCCCGAGGUACAAAAUCUUGAUCCAAAACGUAUUAAUCUGGCGCCCUCACGCGCUUUGGUAGCCGAUUUGGAGGCGGAUGCUAAAAUGUACGGUAAACAGGUUAACUUCAGUAUGAGCAAUGCAUUGGAUAGUCGUGAGACUGCGAGUGUGCUCAUAGUGAAUGCGACCGAGUUGCGGGAGAUGGCGAAGACCAGCGCGUUAGAAGCACGCGAUGCUAUAAAUUCGGUAGAUGCGCUCUCGAAGAACUUGGAAAUGGCGGCUAGUACGAAAAUCGAUGCGGCCUUGGAGGAGGCGCAGCGUAUAUUACAAGACUUGCAAGAUACAAAAAUUGAUAAAACCGCUUCGGAGCAGGUGCUGAACAAAGCGAGCGAGCUCUUCACGGAGGUGGACAUUUUGGUGGCGCCAAUUAAGAAUCAAAAUGAUACCUUGAGCUUGCUAAAAGAUGACAUUGGUGAUUUGAGCGAUAAGCUCGAAGAUCUGUACUACUGGAGCGGCAAUGCAACCGAGACUGCUAACGAAGCGGAACAUUUGAACGACUUGAAUAAAGCCGCGUUUGAAAACUCGAAAUUCGACACGGUAUCCGACCAGCAAAAGGAGGCCGACAAACAUAUUGAAGAGGCAGGCAAAUAUUUCGUCAAUAUUGAUCUAGCGUUGAUCGAUAUCGAUAAGAGGAUCAAUCAAUUGUCCAAUGUGCUCUCCGAUUUGAAGGUGAUCAAUAAGAAUGUGGAUGAGGAUCUCCCGGAUAUGGAGAAGGAAAACGCAGAAGUUAGCGAAUUAGCCGCUGAGGCUAUACGUCGUGCGAAUGAAUUGCACACACGUGCGCAAGACCUCACCGAUCAGUAUGCGCACAUGACAGCCAGCGCCGAGCCCGCCAUAAAAGCAGCUACAGCGUAUAGCGGUAUUGUAGAUGCAGUUUCGUCAGCACAUGAAUUCUCCAAAGAAGCCAAAUUUGCUGCAGGCAAUGCCACGGAGAUCACCGACGGCAUUGAAGAUCGUGCAGGACGCGCCGAUAAGGAAUCCGGAGAGCUACUGCAAAAUGCUCGUGCCGCUCUUAAUAAGGUGCAGAGCGAACUCGAACCGCGUCUGAAUCUUUCUGCCGCUCAAGUAGAUGGCAUUUCGAAUUUAAAUAAGAACACAGAAAAACGUUUGGAGGAGAUAAAUAUUCUACUGCAGCAAUUACCUGUUGAGACCCAACAUGACCUCUGGAAUAAUGCCAAUCAGAAUGCCACCGAGGCACUGAAUAUCAUUGAAGAUGUGCUAGAUGUCCUACGACCGGUUGGCGCGCAGACAGAGAAAGAACUGCAGAAGGCACGUAAUAUCUCUAAAGAUAUCGAUGGUACUACCAAGGAUAUCUCACAAGCGCGAUCACAGCUGGACUCCGUUGAGGACAUCAUACCACAGCUUAACGAUUUGGCACAAACCAUCGAGCAAGAGCAAGCGAAUGUUGAAGAGAUUGGGCAGCUCUUGGGUGAGGAUAUGGAAAACCUGCGGCGACAAAUCGAAACUGCACGACAAAUCGCCAAUGAUAUUAAGGUGGGUGUACGCUUCUCGCCGGGUACUGUCUUGGAGCUGAAGACACCUGAAACCACACCACUGUUAGCUACUAAGACCAAAGCUUCGGCGUACUUCAAAACCGAGAAACCUAAUGGCUUCCUAAUGUACUUGGGUAAUCACAACAGAACUGCUUCGGCCGGUACGACACCAGCAAAUAAAGACAACGAAGACUUUAUGGCUGUAGAGAUCGUAAAUGGUUAUCCGAUUUUGACCAUCGAUGUCGGUAAUGGACCCGAGCGUAUUACAAAUGAAAAAUAUGUCGCCGAUGGCAAUUGGUAUCAAGCUGUAGUGGAUCGCACUGGUUCGAAUGCUAAGUUGAUCAUACGCGAGGAGUUGGACAACGGCACUGUCGUGGAACACAAGAAAGAGCAACCUUUAUUGGGCGCCAACAAUGUCUUCAAUGUCGAUCGCAAUAGCCGCUUGUUUGUCGGCGGCCUGCCACCACCAGCUGACUUUACGCCACCGCAUGACAUACAAAGUAAUGCAUUCGAGGGUGAAAUUGAAGAUCUUAAGGUUGGCGAUGAUCAUGUUGGCCUGUGGAACUUCGUUUUCGGUUUGGAGAAUAACCAAGGCGCACAACAACGUGAUAAGCUCUUAACCGAAGAGAUACCACCAACAGGUUACCGGUUUAACGGCAAUGGUUAUGUCGCGCUCAAAGCAGCGCCGUACAAUUUACGCCAACGCUCCAGCAUACAAUUCAGCUUUAAGGCAUCCAAGGACUCCAAAGAUGGGCUACUCUUCUACUAUGGCCGCAACGAUCAAUUCAUGUCGGUUGAACUCGUGAAUGGUGCUCUUUUCUUCCGCUACAAGCUGGGUGAGCGUACAGUGUCGACGGGCACGGAGGAUGUUUACAACGAUGACAAGUGGCAUCGUGUUGUGGCCGAGCGUGAUGGUAGACGUGGUCAAUUGAAGGUAGAUGAUUUAUUGUUGGCACAAGAAGAAGUACCCGAAGGUCCUACCGAAUUCAGUCCAUCACCGAAGCGUAUAUUCUUUGGUGGUUUCCCCGGCAAACGCAAUCAUUCGGCAGUUAUUGAGCAUAACUUUGACGGCUGCAUUGACGAAGUUUCUAUAUCCGGCACAAAGGUCGAUCUGGGUAAUAAUGUGCAUGCACAUGGUGUUAAGCCGGGUUGUCCGAAGAAAUUCUCAACGGUUUUGGCUUAUCCACCAAAUGAAUAUGGUUUCUUGCGCAAGGCAAAUGUCACGUCGAAUAAUAAAUUGAACGUAAACCUCAAGUUCAAGACCCGCCAACGCGACGGCGUACUCUUCUAUGGCGCUAAUCAUGACCAAAGCGCAAAUAUUGGCUUGACUCUCAAUGAUGGUUACUUGACAUUGCGCAGCAUGGGCGCUGAGGUGGUGUCCGAUAUGAAGAAGUUAAAUGAUGGCGAAGAGCAUGUGGUUACCGUGCAACAUGAUGGCGAUCAGCUACGUCUGUCGAUAGACGAUACGGAAGAUAAGCGCUUACCCUACACACCGGAAGCUCUAUACAUACACGCAGGCGACAUCUUCUUCGGCGGCUUACCCGACAAUUACAUACCAGUACGAAAUGCCCUACCGACCUUGGCGUACUUCGCGGGUUGCAUCAGUGAUGUGACAAUCAAUGGUGAGAUCGUCAAUUUCGCCGACAGCGCUGAGAAGCGUAAUGGCAAUAUUAAUCAUUGCCCAACAGACAUUUUAGCUUACGACAUUGCUGCAGUGCCAUUAUACUUCCCAGAGGGUGCAAAUGAGCUAUUGCCCGGCGCCGAUUAUCCAGGUAACUUUGCAGUGCCAUUGGCACCAACGAAAGCUCCACCAACAACCACCACAACAACAUCACAUCCAGUUGUUGAGACGACGACGAAAACGCCACCUACACUGAGCCCGCCAAUAAUUGGUACACGAUUCGGUGAGUUGGAUGAAAAUGAGCGAGAGCGACAACGUGACCGUGAAAGGGAAGAAGAACGUGAACGUGAGAGGGAGCGAGAACGAGAACGAGCGCGUGAGCGGGAACAAGAACUUGAAAAAGAGCGUGAACGUGAGCGCGAACGUGCAAGGGAACAAGCGAAAACAGCUGCCGCAAUACCAGAAUCCGACGAAUUGCCACCAAUACCUGAACCAAAACCGGCUGAACCACCAAUAAUAUCCGGCCCAGUACGCCCAUUGAUACCACAAAAUGAACCAGAGGAUCCGCGUUGCAAACUGCCCACAAAUCCCAACUAUGAUGUUGACUUUACCGAGGCAGGCUAUCGCUAUUACUCGAUGCGCGAGCAGCGGCUGGAAAUACCGCCACCAACCAAACUGCGCAAACAAUACGACAUUAGUCUCAACUUCAAGACUGAGUACCCAGUCGGUUUGCUCUUCUAUGCGGGCAUUAAACAACACUCCGACUAUAUUGCCAUCUAUCUGUUGGAUGGUAAAUUGCAUCAUAAAGUACGCAUAGGUGGUGAGGAGGUGAAUAUCACAAGCAUCGAUGAGGUGAACGACGGUGAAUGGCAUACCGUUAAGGUGACACGAAAACACCACACAGUCAGCCUAUUUAUCGAUCAAGUAGAAGUCGGCACAGUCGCUGAGAACGUGGCUGACGACUAUGAGUUUAAUGUGCGAAAUAUGAUGCUCUCUCUUGGCGGUCUGUCCAAGCUGUGGGAAGCGGAGGUUUAUGAACGCAUUAAUUACGUGUCUGACGACAAGCCAUACUACAAUGGUUGUUUGAAGGAUCUUCGCUUGAAUGAUCUGAGCUUGAAGAAGGAGCCCGAAACAUACUUCACAGUGCCAUGCUCAACCGAAGUGGAACAAGGUUUCUUCUUCACCAAGGAGGCGCAGUAUAUUAAACUAUUCGAACGAUUUGUCGUCGGCACUGAUUUCAUUAUCAACUUUGAUUUCCGUCCACGCGAACCGGAUGGUCUACUCUUCUCAGUGCACGGCAAGAAUGCCUAUAUGAUAUUAGAAUUGAUUGAUAACACGCUGGUGUUCACUGUGAAAUCAGAUUCUAAGAAUAUUGUCACCACAAACUACACCUUGCCCGAUAACGGUAGUUAUUGUGAUGGCAAGUGGCGUAAUGUACAGGCGGUGAAAUCGAAAUUCGUCAUCUCAAUUUCGGUUGAUUACUUUAGCACACAUCCGGGUGUUGGCUCAGAUGGUUCGACGGUGACAAAGACUAAUCGUCCACUCUUCUUGGGCGGUCAUCAUGCGUUCAAUAAGGCGCCUGGUUUGAAGACCAAGAAAACAUUCAAGGGCUGCAUACGCAAUUUGCAGGUGAACAAGAAGGCCGUGUAUAUAACACCGAAGAUGAUACAUGGCGAUAUCUGGCAAGGCGCCUGUCCAUUAAACUAAUUGGAAGCGCUGGAAGUGAUAUACAAAUAUUACAAAAAAAAGAAGAAAAUAAUAAUAAUAAAGAUAACUUAAUAAAAGUUUAAAGAGAAACGAACCAAAAAAAUUGACGACCGAGUAUGCUGCUGUAUUGCCACAAGCUCUGCCUGUGGCUUGUGCCAUUUUUAGCAGCAGACGACACUAUUUGAUUAUGACUACUCUAUUUUACAUUUUCCGAUUUUGUUUUUAUUUCCUAAUUUUUUAUGUUCUUUGCUUCAAUUAAUAAUGAAUACCUGUAAAGUUUUGUACUAGAAACAUCCAUUUGCUUUCCCUUUUUUUUAAUGUAAUACUGAUAAAGUUUUUAAAAUAAAGUUUCCCGUAUUUUUUUGCAGAA